AUGUCCAUCGCCAGCAUCUGCGCAGCUGCUCGAGGUGAAGCUCAUCUUGAAGCUGCGCGAUGCGACCCAGCCACCUUGCCGAAAAGCAGGCUCGGCAGGCUUGCAGCCUUUCGGGCGCAGCGCCACGGCGACGCCCCACGAGCCGAGCCCGAGGAGGCGGAAGAGGGACCUCGGCCUGAGCUUGGGCGGCCUGCUUGGGACCAGAUCCCAAAGUCGAAGACGACGAAGCCCCUGGCGCAGAACUCCCUCUUGAAGCCCAAGGGCGGCCCCGAGAUCAAGCCCUCCAAGCCUGCGCCGCUCCCGCCUGACGUGCGCUCCCGGAGAGCUUCGGAGAAGCCCGAAGCGGCCGCAGAGGAGGAAUGGCCUGGUGCUGGUGCUGGUGGUCAGGGCCAGGGGAGUCAGGGCUCUUGGAGGCGAGGGAAGGAGAAGCCGCACGCCUGGACGUCCAAAAAGCCAGCUGAGAGAGGGAGAGAUGGAGACCUACAAGGCCGGGGUUGCGAUCGGCGUUCUGGUGGCUACGCCGGCUACACGGGCUCCCGCUACGCUGGCCGUUCGGGGCAGGGAUGGAAGGAGGAGCCGAUGAUGAUAGUGGCCGCCUAUCGAGGCUACACCCGCGACUUCGAAUUAUUUGCGGGCCGGACGUGA